UAAGAAAACUAUGGACAGGCAUUUCGGCUUUUCGUAAACGUUCUUUGUGAUUAACCCGUAGAAAGGCAACGAAAACUGAAAAGGCAGCUAUUCCUAUACCGGACGUUAUUUCUAAAGAAGACGAAAUCUAUGGACAGGCAUUUUGGCCUUUUCCUAUACGUACUUUGUAAACCUGCUAACCAUAAUAUCCACCACCACGUCAACCUGCUCAUCCCCAGUCACCACCACGUCAACCAGCUCAUCCCCAGGCACCACCACGUCAACCUGCUCAUCCCCAGGCUACACCAUGUCAACCUGCUCAUCCCCAGGCACCACCACGUCAACCUGCUCAUCCCCAGUCACCACCAUGUCAACCUGCUCAUCCCCAGGCACCACCACGUCAACCUGCUCAUCCCAAGUCACCACCACGUCAACCUGCUCAUCCCCAGUCACCACCAUGUCAACCUGCUCAUCCCCAGGCACCACCACAUCAACCUGCUCAUCCCAAGUCACCACCACGUCAACCUGCUCAUCCCCAGUCACCACCAUGUCAACCUGCUCAUCCCCAGGCACCACCACGUCAACCUGCUCAUCCCCAGUCACCACCAUGUCAACCUGCUCAUCCCCAGUCACCACCAUGUCAACCUGCUCAUCCCCAGGCACCACCAUGUCAACCUGCUCAUCCCUAGGCACUUAGUGGAUUUUUGCAGGUUGAGGAUGAGGCCAAUUCAACUUCACCUGCUUUCUUUCUACAAACCCCGUUGUCACCCGAUCGACCAUCCGGCGCCCACUACGUCUUGGCCAA